GCUUCAACGAAAAAAAGAAAAAUCACAUAUAGGAGCUUUUAUAUGAUUUAUAUGAUCUUCAUAGAAAGAGACUGAAAUAGAAUUGGAGCUUAGCUUUGGAAUUUCUCCCUUAAACACUUGGGUGGAUUUAUAUUUCUUCAGUGUUUGUUUUUCACUUUCACAGUAAUUCUCUCUCAACAACUUUGGCUUUCAGUAAUGUGUUCUAAGGCCAUCGUCCAAUACACCGCUUCUUCAUCUCAUCCAAUUAACAGAUACGAUGUAUUUGUGAGCUUCCGCGGUAAAGACACACGCAACAACUUCACUGGUUUUCUCUUUGAAGCUCUCCGUAGAAAAGGCAUCGAUGCCUUCAAAGACGAUGAAGAUCUCAAAAAAGGUGAAUCCAUAGCACCCGAGCUCCUCCAUGCCAUUCAAAGCUCUCGACUUUUCAUUGUUGUCUUCUCAAAGAACUAUGCUUCCUCCACCUGGUGCUUGCGUGAACUGGCAGAGAUACGUAACUGCGUUCAAACUUCCCCAAGACCUGUUAUACCUGUCUUUUAUGACGUUGAUCCUUCGGUGGUGCGCAAACAGAGUGAAUGUUAUGAGAAUGCAUUUGCAGAACACGAAAAGAGAUUCAGAGAAGACAAAGCGAAGAUGGAGGAAGCUGAGAGAUGGAGAGAAGCUCUCAGACAAGUGGCCAAUCUCUCUGGUUGGGAUAUUCGAAAUAAGCCACAAUGUGUAGAAAUUGAAAAAAUUGUUCAAACCGUAACAAAUAUUUUGGGUCCCAAAAUUUGUAGUCUUCCAAAGGACGAACUAGUUGGGAUAGAGCAUAGACUUGAAAAAUUAGCAAAUAUUGUAUGUACUGAAUCAGUUAAUAAUGUUGGAGUUGUUGGAAUCAGUGGGAUGGGUGGCAUAGGAAAGACUACUCUUGCUCGAGCUUUAUACGAAAGAAUAUAUCAUCAAUAUGAUUUUCAUUGUUUUAUUGAUGAUGUAAGCAAAAUAUAUCGAGAUUCAAGUUCACUAGGUCUACAAAAGCAGUUAAUUUCUCAAUCUCUAAAUGAGAAAAAUCUAGAGAUUUCAAAUUCUUUUGAGGGAACAUGUUUGAUUUGGUCUAGGCUGCGCAAUGUUAGGGCACUUGUAGUUCUGGACAACGUUGAUGAAGUUGAACAACUAAGGAUGUUUACAGGGAAGAGAGACACUUUGUUGCGUGAAUGCUUAGGUGGAGGGAGCAGAAUCAUCUUAGUUUCUAGGGAUGAACAUAUAUUGAGGACGCAUGGAGUAGAUGACAUUUAUCAAGUCCAGCCAUUGAAUCGCGAAAAUGCUAUGCAGCUGUUUUGUAGAAAUGCUUUUAAAGUUAAUCAUAUUUUGAGUGAUUAUGAAAAGUUGGCACGAGGUAUACUAUCUCAUGCUCAGGACCAUCCCUUGGCAAUUGAAGUAAUUGGGUCGUCUUUGUUUGGUCGAAAUGUGUCACAAUGGGAAAGUGCAUUGGCCAGGCUAAAAGAAAAAAAAAGUAAAAAUAUUAUGGAUGUUUUGCGUCUAAGUUUUGAUCAGCUGGAUGAAGAUCAGAAAGAAACAUUUUUGGAUAUUGCAAGUGUCCUAUGCAAUCAUCAUGAGAAAUAUGUGAAGGAAGUUCUAAACUUUCGUGGAUUUCAUGCUGAAUAUAGUCUACAAGUUCUGCUCGACAAAUCACUAAUAGUAAGUCGUGAUGGGUUUAUUCAUAUGCAUUGCUUCUUGAAGGACUUGGCAGAGUAUAUUGUCAAAGAAGAAUCACCUAAGGAACCCCUAAAGAGGAGUAGGUUGUGGGAUUACCAAGAUUUCCGCAAAGCUAUGUCGAACAAUGAGACAACUGAAAUUCUUGAAGUCGUAGCUGUUCAUGCACUAUUGAAUUCUAAAACUGUGAGGGUAGAUGGUUUAUCGAAAAUUAGACACCUUAAGUAUCUUAGACUUAAGUACGUGAACUGUUCAGGAAGGUUCAGUCAUCUUUCAAGUGAACUAGGAUAUCUUGAUUGGAACAAUUAUCCUUUUGAGUGUUUGCCUCAAAGUUUUCAGCCACACAAACUAGUUGAGUUACUAUUGAGAGGAAGCAGUAUUCAACGACUAUGGAGUGGUACAAAGGUGCUACCUAAUUUGAAGCAUUUGGAUCUCUCUUACUCAGAAAAAUUAGUUGAGAUGCCAGAUGUUGCAGAGGCCCUAAAUCUUGAAGGCAUAGAACUUGAAGGAUGCAUACAGCUCCGAAAACUCAGUCCAUCGAUUGGUCUUCUGAGCAAGCUUACUAUUUUGAAUUUGAAAAACUGUGAAAACUUAGUAAGCUUACCCAAUAGCAUAUUGGGCCUGAAUUCUCUUGAAUAUCUGAGUGUCUAUGGUUGUUCAAAUCUGUUUAAUAAUGAGUUAUUUGAUGAAGCAAGUAACACAGCAUUUGAAGAAGCUUUGUUCAGUUGAAGGUCCUAUUCAUUCCCACUCAAUAUUCCCUUUGAUAAAAAAAGCACGAAGAGAGUCGGUUAGUUUUUUGGUACCCUCCUCUCCCACUCUCCCUUGCUUGCGUAAACUCGAUCUAAGAUUCUGUAACUUAGCUAAAAUCCC